AUGGCGCCCCAAAAGCCUGCUACCAACGACAAGGCUCAGAAAGCGAAGAAGACUUCCACUGAUAAGCAGAGCAAAGACGAGGUUGUGAAGAGGCCUGCACGCGGAUACCACACCUUCAGGAAUGGCAUGCUCAACGUUACACCCAAGGGCGGAGAGAAGGACAUUGUUGAAGCCAACCGGAAAUCGCCUCUACUUCGUCUCCCGGCUGAGGUCCGCAAUAUGAUAUGGGAGUUUGCGCUCGGCGGAAGAGCGUAUGAGGCAAAACGCGACGGUUAUCGCAUGCAUUCGCAGGGGGAUCCUAGCAGAGUCGCUCUCUUACGAGUAUGCCGUCAAAUCUACGCAGAAGCAGUUAAUAUCCCGAUGCAACAAAGUGUGUUCUCCAUUCCGUUGCACUAUCCAAUGAGGGAAUGUUUCUCCCGCUUCAAGACUGGUCAGCGUCGCCAGAUUACUUCCCUCCGAUUCGAGGUUUCUUUACAAGAGAAAAUUGGAAUUGAGCAGAAAGUAGUUGAAUAG